AUGUACAUACCAGUCUUUCAGGGGGAGCUGCCCCUUCUACCGUCUAGGGCACACAUGAGGUCUAUAUCAUGCCAGGUUACAACAAUUGAAGAAACAUCAGAGGAUGAGGACAGGGAUGGAAAGACAGACAAAGAAAUUCCAGGAAAGGCAUAUGCUACUCAGAAGACAUCACAAUCAUCAGGCAGUGAUUAUACCUGUCGGAGAGAGGAUCCCAAGGUGGUCAAGAUUGAGAAUGAUGAACAGAAAUUGGUCAAGAGUGAGAAAGAGAGUCAGAAAAUGGUCAAGGAUGAGAAAGAGGAAGCUAAAGCUGAGCUAGAUGACGGGGUGUUUAAAAAACCCUUGACGACUAAAGAGAAGAUCAAAGUGGCGAAAGAGGCAAAGUCUGUGGCUUCGUCAUGCUCUGUUGUCACAUCAAAUUCCGGUUCGGAUACCAUGAGUGAAGGAAGAGGAGAGAAAGAAUAUGCAACAUUUUCAGCGCAGUUUCCUCCUCCGGAGUGGGUGUGGUACCAGCAGCAGAUGGAGAAGCAUAAGAGGACGGAGAGCUGGGUUUCCCAACAGAGCAGCAACAUUGCAGUUCAGUUGCCCUCUUCCUCGGCAAGACCUCCAGUGAAGAAGAAAUCCUAUCAAUAUAAAGAGCAUCUGAGGCACGUCUCCAGAAAGCCUUCAAUGCUUCAGAGUCAAGAACAUGCAGCCUACAUGCCAAUGAGCGCAGUCAGCAGUCUAGAGGGCAAGUUUGUUGACUCUGAAGUCAAGCAUGAUGAUGAUGGAUUUGUGAGACCCUGGCCAGUUAGGUCAGAAAAUAUCUAUGAGAGCUUCAGCGCAACAUCCAGCAUCAAGCGGCACCAUCAUAAACCCGGGGACAACCACGGCAAGUGUUGCCAAAGAACUUCAGAGUACGGCGGGGCUGUUUCCGGAGACACUACCCUAUUGAACAGCUCUAAUGUGUAUCAGUCUGUUAGAACUUUGUCCCCUGUAGCUCGGGUUAGUGAGGCAGGCAGUUAUGCCAAACUCAUUGAGCCUCAGUUAGGACCCCUUCAUUCGACUCCUUUUAGUGGCAAGCAGAAAGAUCGAACUGCAAAUGGAGCAGACGGCCAUGAGGUAAGAGAUCGAAUAUACGGCCCCCCAGAAGCAUAUCAUAAAAGGAGGUCUCGUCGAUCCCAACAUCGGCAACAGAGACUGCACAGUUUUUAUAGUGGUCAUGGAAGUGAUAUAAGUUAUGAGUACAAGGGGCGUCUUCCAAAGAGGAACUCAUCUCAAGCUCAGUCAAGAGACAGCGGGGUGAACUGUGUUGGACUGGGCACUGCAGCAAGAGCGGAACCAAUGUAUGAAAACACCCUGGCUAAGCAGCAACGGUAUGGCGGUCAGCAGCAGCAGUACAGCCAUGAGCAACAAUACAAAAACUAUAAACACCUAGCAGAUAACCAAACACAGUUUGAAAUCACAAAUGCUACUGAAAACACAGACUUAAAUACAGAGAGCAUCAUUGACUCCACUACAAACUCAGUAGUUUGUCAGGGUAGAGCCACUAAUGAGGCUUACAACUCUGUAGUAUACCAGGACAGCCUCACAAAUGAGGCUUACAACUCAGUAGUGUAUGGCAGUAUGGGUGAUGUCAAUGGAGCACCAUCUGUCGUUUGCCACACAAUUGCCAGCUCAUGCCAGGACACCUCAGAGAUGGCUUUGCCUUAUAACUCGUUGCAGAGUACCUUCUAUGAUGAAAGCAAGCUGGCUUCUGUUGCUCAUCCUAAAGCAUCCAGGCAUUUUCCUGGAUCUCAAGGCAGCCCGGACACCCUCAUUGUGGAUGUGGUUGGCACAGCAACUGAAUCUGAAGGAGAUGAUUCUGACUCUUCUGAUGACUUGUUACAAUAUGCAGGUCCGAAUGACAUCAGGGAAGUUUGCACUCCCGUAAACUGUAACCCUGCGGCUGUGAGAACCAUGUCCAGGCAGCAGAACCUGGAUGAGGCAGUCGACAAUGAAGCAUAUGAUGAGAAUGGUGAUGAAGUAGAUGGUGGUGACAAGUGUGCUUGUUGCAAACAAAUAACAAAAGGGCAAGACAUUGAGAAGCCUGAUAGUGCUGACCAUAAAAACGCUGAUGAUAAAACUGGUUCUCAGCCUAGUGCAGUGCCACAAUUACGUGAAAGAACUGAUCGCCUUGAUAGUGGAUUUAGCUCACCAAGAAAUCCGGAGAAAUCCGCAGACACGGUUGAGCACUCAGAUCAGUCGAACUCUAGCAAGCCGCAAGGUAGUGGAGCUAACAGGCAAGGGGGGAGUAAUUUCCCACAGUUGAAACACCAGCUCUCUCACGACAGUUCCAACACCCACCAGUCCUCCAACGUCGGCAGCAGCGGGCAUCACAGCAACAGCGAUGCCUGCCUGGCUACAGGCAGCGAUCACCAGAGUGGUUCCGUCAGUGACAACGGCAACAGCAGCAGCGGAGCUCACUCAGGGCACCGAGACUGUGAACAGGUCCCACCAGACAUGUCUCGGAUGAAACACGGCUGUUCAUUAAAUUCAUUAAAGUCCGACUGCUUGAAUGGACGUGCGCACCGCCCUGCAUCAAAGCAUGCCCAUCAUUACGACGCCUACGACCACCUGGUGAGAUCCAAGUAUAAAGAACACAGCCAGCAAAGGAUUCCCCUGCACCCAAAUGCCAUGCUUGUUGAACACAGACCCCAUCACAGAAGCAGACCCAAGCAAGAGAGGUCACGUUCAGUGGAUUUAUUACAAUCAGAUUCCCAUAAUGACUUGCAUAAAUUCGGCAGGAAAUAUCACUCAAAGAAAUAUGGAUUAAUGGAUGAGUUCGAAGUUAUGGGAGUAUUGUAA